CUCAAAUCUCGAGCUGCUUAGCUCCUCUCUCCACACAGGGAUGGAGCAAGACCCGGCUGCAGGACCUGAGGAAUCGAAAGAACUGGAGAGGAUCGAGAAGUUCUUAAAGGAAAGCCCUUCUCAGAAGCAGCUGGAAGAAGAAGCUUCAGGCUUGUGGGAUGCCAACCCAGGACGUCCAUCCCUUCGGGAGAUUGCGUGUCGUUUAAUGGAGGCAGCAGGACAUGGAGAGACUGACGGAAAGCAGUUGCAGAUGAUGCAGUGCUGGGCAUUGACCGGGAAAGCCUGGCUGGAGCGAGGCAGCUAUGAUGCAGCUCUGCGGUGUCUCUCUCGGGUAAAGGAGAGACAGGUGGCUCCUGGUGAACCUAGCCAAUGGGCAGAAGUCUUGAUGCAGACGCAGCUUUGGACUGCAACUGCUCUUUUGCAUAAAGCAUCUUACAACGAGGCCAUGGCGGCAUUUGCCAAGGCAGCCAAGCUCAGGCCUGAGCAGACAAGCUGGAAGGCAGCAGAAGCCAUAGUACUGCUACGAGAGCGAGGAGAGAUGAAAGUUGCGCUGGAGCUUGUCAAUCACCUGGACCUUGAAGGUCCAAAAUCCUUGCGGCCCUUUGGGUCUAAAGCGACCGUAGCGGAAGUAUUGCGGCAAAGGAGCCUUUGUCUGCUGGAGCUGAAAGAUCUGCCGCAAGCAGAGGCUCAAGCGCGAAAGGUUUUGACCAUGGAACUCAGUGAGACAACUGGUCGAGCAAGAUCCCUGAAGAUCCUUCUGAAAGUCCUCUGUGCCAAGGAGUGCCUCCAAGAUCCCACUGAGCUCCAAGAGUUGAGCUUGGAUUUGAUGUCCCAAAAGAGGGCCACAUUGGCUGAUUGCAUCGAGACCUGCCGAGUCAUAGCAGAGUCUGGUUUUGAUCGGCUCUUUGUGAAAUGUCUGCAGCGCUUGCGCCGUCGCAGCCUUGACGCAGAAGAGCAGCGUGAGUUGCGACUCUUUGGGGCUCAGAUGCUGGCUGCACGCGUAGAGGAGGUCAUGUGCAGUGAGGCUACCCCAGCCGACAAGGAGUUCGCAGUGGACACCCUUUGUGCAUGGGUUGAUGAGGCGCGGAAUCUUGAAGAUGCGGUGGUUGGUGUGGGGCAUUUAUUGUGGAACCUUGCGCGGACCUUGAAGCCUCAGGAAGCUUUGCUUUGGCUUCAGAAGGCCCUCUCCUUCCUUCCAGAAGCACCUCUAUGGCGAGCCAUGGCCUUUUGCCAUCACACCCUGGGCGAUGGAAACAACUGUCGGCGAUGCCUUGAAGCCGCCUUGAAGCAUUGCUCCAACGAUGUGUCCAGCAAUCUGCUGCUGCUGGUAGAUGCGGCUGUACGCGGCGAAGCUUUGACCGUGCAGCGUGUGGUGGAGAAGAUGAAGCAGAAAGAGGUGAAGGUGACAGCCAACGAGGUCAUUUUUGUGGUGCGGGAAUUGCAAAGUCUGGAGAUCUCCCAGCAGCACCUGGUGAUUCUGGAUCUCCUUCUCAAGCUUGCAGAAGAGGAGAAGAGUUCAGCUCUAUGUUCCGCAAGCGUGCUUCAAAUGUACUUGGAGGCUGCCAGCCAUUUAGGGCCACAGCACUUGAUCAAAGCUAUGGAGCGGGUUAAAGACAUUGCGCUGCAAGAGGAUCAGAAGAUUUGGUUGCGGCAGCUGCUGGUGACCCAGGCUCAAGCUUGUGUCCAAAGCCAAAGUUGGCGUCUUUGUGCCAAGUUGAUGCAGGAGACAGCUGAGCUUCUGCCUUUUGGAGAAGACAAAGCAGUGCAGUGUGCUUCUGCUGCGCAGGCACUUCUGCGUGCAGAGCCUCAACGCCAGAAUCGUGAGACUGCGAGCAGUUUGUGUGAGGAGGCCUUGGAUUGGAUUCGCAGAGGCCUGGCUGCAUUGGAAAUUGGAACUGUGACAGCUGUGGAGAAGCAACUCAGAGACCUGGAAGCUGAAGCUGCAGGUCGAUUGGGUCAAGUUGUUUCAUCCUUGAAAUGUGCUUGGGCUGCUUUGGAGGCCCACCCGCAGGUGACCAUUCAGAUUCUGCAAGGCCACCAGUUUGAUGCCAAGGCUCCAGCUGCUGCAGCUGCUGCAGCUGCUGCAGCUGCAGCUGCUGGCCGUGAAUGCCUCCGUUUGCUGCUGCUACAUGGCCAUUUUGCCGAAGCCCUGCAGGAAGUCCAAAGGCUGCAAGAGAUGCAGACAGAGGCUCCCAACUUGGAGUCCUUGUGGCUGGCCGCCACUGUAUGGAAUGCAGGAGCCAAGCUUCUUGACACAGGAGAUCACUCCUGCGGCCGCCAAUUCCUACAGAAGGCAACCGCUUUGAUGCAGGAUUCCGGCACUCCAGAGCUGAAAUCGAUGCAGCAGGAGAUGCGCUUGCAGUUGAUGGCCUUGGCUUGAAGGUGGUGCUGUGGGUUUGGUCACCACCCUAGUGAUUCGAGCGCUAGUUCUGGUGCUCAUCGAAUUCGCGACACGCAAUUUGCGAUGCACUUCAAGUUUUCUCAGCGCGGCCUCAGCAUCUUAUUCGUCAAAUGCAGAGGACAUGAAGGCGACCACAUUUCUUAUCAUUCAGUCACGAUGUCAAGAUCAGACACUCCAUUGCUUCGCUUGUAAUUUCAGGUGCCAGUAGUGUGAC